AGGUUUCCCUCCCGCUUUUCAUUUUAUUUUGUUUUUGCAUUUGCAAAAUGUGGAUGAUGGAGGGAGGGUGAUUUUUUUUCUCUCUCUCUGCUCUCUGUGUUGUGAGUGUAUGUGCUUGUUGUCGGGCGGGGGACUCUGUUUUUGGUGCGGAAGGAGUCGCUCUGUUGGAGGAGUCGGCUCCUCUCUAUGUGGGUGAAUGGAGGAGAGUCUUCCUGGAGAGUAAACACUCACGCACAGACUAGCUGAUUACAUCGGAUCUCUCACCGUUUAACACUAAAAAAUCACCCCCAAACAUGCCUGCUGAUACUAAACAAAUCUAUGAGUUGGAAUCUGAAUUGUACUUCCUAAUAGCCAGAUUUUUGGCAUCGGGACCCUGUCAGAAGGCGACAGAGGUCCUGAUACGCGAAGUGGAGGAGAAGCAGCUGCUGCCGAAACGGAUAGACUGGAAGGGCAACGAGCAUCCCAGGACCUACGAAAAUUUGGUGAAGACUCAUAGACAUGUAGCUCCAGAUCAUCUCCUUCAAAUAUGUCAGCGACUUGGACCUCUCUUAGAGAAAGAGACCCCACAGAGUGUUCCAGGGGUGCAUUCGUUACUGGGAGCUGGAAGACAGUCUUUGCUUAGAACAAACAAAAGUUGUAAGCAUGUGGUAUGGAAAGGAUCAGCACUUGCUGCAUUGCAUCGAGGAAGACCCCCUGAGCCACCAAUCAAUUAUGGUAGCCCACCUAAUAUAGUGGAUACCAUUCGGGCUCGACAACUUACUGGGAGCUUUCGACUCAGUCAGCUUGUUCCAACAGCUGUGUAUCUACAUAUGAAGAUGCAUAAGCGAAUUCUGGGGCACCUAUCAUCUGUUUACUGUGUUACUUUUGAUCGAACAGGGAGGAGAAUAUUUACUGGAUCUGAUGAUUGUCUGGUGAAGAUCUGGACAACCGAUGAUGGCAGGCUACUGGCAACUUUGCGAGGACAUUCUGCUGAAAUCUCAGACAUGGCAGUAAACUAUGAAAAUACCAUGAUUGCUGCAGGCAGCUGUGAUAAAAUCAUCCGGGUUUGGUGCCUUCGGACAUGCGCCCCUUUGGCUGUUUUGCAGGGCCACACUGCAUCCAUUACAUCUGUGCAGUUUUCACCAAUGUGCACUGGCUCUUUGAGGUUCCUGUCUUCCACAGGGGCAGAUGGUACAGUUUGCUUCUGGCAGUGGGAUGCUGGCAUGUACAAAUUUAACCAUCGGCCAAUUAAAUUUACUGAGCGACCAAGGCCAGGGGUUCAAAUGAUCUGUUCUUCUUUCAGUGCUGGUGGAAUGUUUUUGGCAACGGGGAGCACAGAUCAUAUUAUAAGAGUUUACUACUUUGGGUCAGGGCAACCUGAGAAGAUUUCAGAGUUGGAAUUUCAUACUGACAAAGUUGACAGUAUUCAGUUCUCCAACAUGAGUGACAGGUUUGUUAGUGGAAGUCGAGAUGGUACUGCAAGGAUCUGGCAGUUUCGACGUCAAGAAUGGAAGAGCAUUUUACUGGAUAUGGCUGUUAAACCUGCUGGAUAUAAUCCACAAGGAUUAGAAGAUAAAGUGAAUAAAUUGAAAGUAACCAUGGUGGCAUGGGAUCGUCAUGACAACACUGUUAUAACAGCAGUCAAUAACCUUACUUUGAAGGUUUGGAAUUCUUGCACUGGUCAGCUCAUACAUGUCCUAAUGGGACAUGAAGACGAAGUGUUUGUACUUGAGCCACACCCCUUUGAUCCCAGGGUCCUCUUUUCUGCAGGGCAUGAUGGCAACGUAAUCGUUUGGGACAUAGUGAGGGGCGUGAAAAUCCGAUCGUAUUUCAACAUGAUUGAAGGUCAGGGGCAUGGAGCAGUGUUUGACUGUAAGUGCUCCCCUGACGGGCAGCAUUUUGCAUGUACUGACUCCCAUGGGCACCUUCUUAUCUUUGGCUUUGGCUCAAGCAGUAAAUAUGAUAAGAUUUCUGAUCAGAUGUUCUUCCACACGGAUUAUCGACCUUUAAUUCGUGAUGCUAACAACUAUGUCUUGGAUGAGCAGACACAACAGGCACCACAUCUUAUGCCACCUCCAUUCCUCGUGGAUGUGGAUGGCAAUCCCCAUCCACCAAAGUACCAACGACUAGUACCUGGCCGGGAGAACUGUAACGAUGACCAACUCAUCCCACAGAUGGGCGUGUCUGCCACAGGGUUGAACCAGGUUCUAAGUCAGCAAGCAAGCCAUGAAAUUAGUCCUUUAGACAACAUAAUCCAACGAUUACAACAGGAACAGGACCAGAGACUGACCGCAGGUACCAACAACACCCUGAACAGAGGAAGAAUAGGCUCUCAGAGUUCUACCUCAGAGAUACAUUCACCUCCAAACGUCGGACUGAGACGCAGUGGACAAAUUGAAGGUGUGCGGCAGAUGCACAGUAAUGCACCAAGGAGUGAAAUUGCCACUGAACGGGACCUUGUGGCCUGGAGUCGAAGGGUGGUAGUCCCAGAACUAUCUCAAGGUGUAGCCAGUAAACAGGAGGACUGUAGAACGGCCAAAGGAGAAGAGGAAGUAAACAUUUUUAAAUUUGAGAAGAAAAAGAAGUCAGCAGCUCAGGUUCAGCGAGAAAACAAGAAAUCAAGAUGCCUUUUCGUCCCUUUUGCCAAACGUCACAGAAGGACUUCAGUGCAUUCCUAUGAGCGUUUGCAAGAAAGUGGAGAAGGGAAGAAGCAGAGCCGCCAAAAUAUACACAAUUAUUGCACAAGAUCAGCAAUGGAUGAUGGAAGUAGAAGUUUACCACAGAACGUUGAUUACAACAGCUCUUCAGAGGAGGCCGAAGUCUGUGCUGUCAAUGGUGUGACGUCAGAAGAGGAUGGGGAUGCCUGGCACAAUGAAAGCAGCAGCUCUAGUGACUAUUCAAGUGACUAUUCUGACUGGACUGCUGAUGCUGGCAUUAACCUCCAGCCACCAAAAAAAUCUUCACGGCAACAAGCAAAGAAAGCUGUUAGUAGUUCAGAAGAUGAAGGAGAAAAAGAGAAGGGGAAAGAAAAAGAAAUAAAGAAGGAAAGGAAGAAACAUAAAGAAGACAAAGAUGGUACUGCAACUCCAAAGAUAAGAAGGAAACCAAGGGAGAAAAGAAUAAAGAGACCACCAGCUGGAGUCAUACCGAAGCAGGGAGAGACUCUGGAAGAGUGGCUUCCACCAGUGUGGAUUACUGACACUAUGCCCAGACGUUGUCCUUUUGUACCACAAAUGGGUGAUGAGGUUUACUAUUUUCGACAGGGUCAUGAAGCCUACGUUGAAAUGGCUAAGAAGUUAAAACUUUUUCGUAUAAAUCCUAAAAAGCAGGCAUGGCACAAGAUGGAUUUACGGGAGCAAGAGCUGGUGAAAAUAGUUGGGAUCAAAUAUGAAGUGGGACCCCCAUCUCUGUGCUGUCUCAAACUGGCUUUCAUCGAUACAGACACAGGCAAACUGACAGGAGGUUCAUUCUCUAUGAAGUACCAUGAUAUGCCAGAUGUUAUUGAUUUUCUAGUGCUACGACAGCAGUUUGAUGAGACAAAAUCUCGACAGUGGAAGAUUGGAGAUCGAUUUCGGUCAGUUAUCGAUGAUGCAUGGUGGUUUGGGACCAUUGAGAGCCAGGAGCCCCUACAACCAGAAUAUCCUGAUAGUCUAUUCCAGUGCUACAAUGUCUGCUGGGAUAACGGAGAUACUGAAAAGAUGAGCCCUUGGGAUAUGGAAGUGAUACCACCUGAUGCUGUUUUCCCCACUGAACCUGGAUCAAGUGUUCCCUUGACUGCUGCUGAUCAUAAGAUACAGCUGUACAAAUCUCAGGAAGGAGAAUGGGGCUGCAGAAAGAGAGAUGAUGAAUGUGACAGAAUUUAUAAUGGGAUCUGUCAGCUCAUAACACUUGAUAUUGCUGCUCCAUUUGUGGCACCCGUGGAUCUCCAGGCUUAUCCUUUAUAUUGUACAGUAGUGGCUUAUCCUACAGACCUGAACACAAUUAAACAGAGGGUGGAGAAUAGGUUUUACAGACGCUUGUCAUCCUUGAUGUGGGAGGUACGAUAUAUUGAACAUAAUGCCCGGACUUUCAAUGAACCUGGAAGCCCUAUAGUUAGAUCAGCCAAAUUAGUCAUCGAUGUUCUCCUGCAGUUCAUAAAAGACCAGAAUUCUACUGACAUCCUUCCAUUCUACAAUAAUUUGAAGAAGAAAAUGAUUUCAGAUGAGGAUGAUGAAGCAGAGAAUUCUGAUGUUCCAGGAACUUCUACCAGGAAUAAGAAGGAAUACCAGCCAAGAAGGACGCAGCGUAAUCGUGUCCGGUCACAUGAUAUUAAUGCCUGGAAGGUGCGCUGUAGAGAGCUGCUGCAUUUAAUCUUUCAGUGUGAAGAUUCGGAGCCUUUCCGUCGGCCUGUGGAUUUAUUUCAAUAUCCCGAUUAUAGAGAUAUCAUAGAUACACCAAUGGAUUUUGGAACAGUUCAGGAGACUCUCGAAGCUGGAAAUUAUGAGACACCGUUGGAAUUGCGUAAAGAUGUGCGCCUUAUUUUUAGUAAUUCCAAGUCUUAUACUCCCAGCAAAAAGUCAAGGAUCUAUAGUAUGAGUUUACGGUUGUCAGCAUUAUUUGAAGAACACAUGAGCUCCAUUAUAUCUGACUACAAGGCAGCAGUUCGAUUUUAUUCGAGAAAGAAGGCUUCCAGCCAAAGGCGGAAACGAAGAAGGAGUAGCUCUCCCUCGAGCAGUGCAGCAUCGAGCCCUGAAAGGAAACGAAGGUUUUUAAAACCCCAAGCCAAGAUAGAGGAGUCCAUUUCUUCACCCUUAUCUGUGCCUGUCAGAUCAACAAGUGUGAAAACAUCUGUUAUUCAGGCCAAUGGCAAGGCAAGUGAAUCUUCUACUAUUGUGCGGACCAGAAGAACAAGGCUACGCCUAGGAAUUACCUCUGGGACAGAAGCAUCAUCUUCAUUGGCAGCAGUGGCUGCUGUUUCCAAGUCUUCUGUUGCAGCUUCAUCAGGACCUUCAACAGAUUAUAAUGCUAAGCCAUCAAAAGCUCAGAACAAUCUCAGUUAUCCUGAACUAUCUGAAUCAAAACACAGUGCACAGACUACAUUGACAGAUGAGGAACCUGAAAAAAGAAAGUUAACACGUAGAAAUAAAUCAACACCAUACAAACAACCAAAAGGUGACAUCAAAGCUGAAUCUUCAGCACAGAAAACCCCACAAAUAAAUGGACACAGUGUGUGCAUCUCUGAAUCUGUGGUCAAGAGAGGUCCUGGAAGGAAACCACAGGAGGUAAAAAGUCUUAAAGGACCUGGUAAGAAAAGAGGUAGGAAAAGUAAAAAAGAGCUACUUGAUAUUGAACAUCAGAAUGCAAUGAAGAAAGCAGAAGUUAAAAAAGACGCAUCCAAUGAGAAUGGUGAAGAAGCUACCUCAGAAAGCAGCUUUAGUUCAGAGACCCACACACAAAGAAAAUCUUUGCAGAAGAAACCAAGAGGCAGGAAACCCAAAGGAAAGAGUCUAAAAGCUAAAUCCAAAUUGAUAGCUGCUGCUAAACGAAAAAUGCAGACAAGAAGCAACAGUAGGAAACAUGAGGAGCCUCUGGAACCCAUUGAGACCAUAGAGCCUGUGGAAGAUGACGAAAGGACUGAGGAGGCCGUGGGCUCUAAAUCGGUCAUGAAAACGAGGAAUCAAGGUAGACGGACAACAUGCUACAAUGAGGAGGAUUCAGAGGAGGAACAAAGGCAGCUACUGUUUGAAGAUUCCUCUUUAACUUUUGGAACAUCCAGUAGGGGCAGGCUGCGGAAACUGACUGAAAAAGCAAAGGCUAACCUGAUUGGUUGGUAAACAACUAUAGCGUUUUGUCUAAUCAAUGAAGUUUCUUGUUUUAACAAGAACGGGUAAGGGAAUUUUGCACUUGAGGUCACUGCAUUGUGACAUGCAGAUUGAUUAACGACAUGAUUUGGGAUUUUAUCAGAAGACAAAAUGAGCAAGGACUGAAUUGUUUAAAAACAAUUUAAUUUCUUGAUUAAUAUUCACUAGUUACUGUCUUGUUACAUUAUAAUCAAGAAAUCGUUGAUGUUUUGCUAGCAGUACUUCAUGGUAGAAUUUUGACAUUGUGAAGUAUAUUUUCACCUACUUCCAUCUUCUGUUUUCUGAAGAACUGCAGAUUUUGCUUUUGCUUUGGAAUUGAAGACAAAUUUGCAGUUUAGAGGAUGGGCUCAAUUAGUAUUUACAACUUCAUAAAAAUGGAACAAUGAUUGACAAUUAGUUAGCAUUAAACUGGACAAGUUCCUUUUUUUAAAAAAGAUACCUUUUAAAUUUUCCAUUUCGUUAUUUCAUGUUUAGAAAAAAAUUAGGUAUUCCAUUCUGUUUUUAAAUUUCUAUCACCAAGAAUUUAUAAAAGUAAUCUAAAACAAUAAAUUAAAACUGUGACUGCCAUGUUUCAGCAUCCCUGAAAACACAUUUAAUAUUUGUUAGGUAUUUGUAACUCUCAAAAGUUUGCAUUGGUGGUCAGUUAAGUUUGGAAAUGUAUGUUGGUCAGUAUUUUAUGAAAUUCUUUAAUGUUCCCUUCGAUUCCUUAGCAUUGAGAUAGAUUUGUUUGUGUAAUAUUACCUACAUUUUUUUCAAAAUGUAACACAUUUAUGCUGUGCUGGGUAGAAUAGCGUUGUUUAUCAUUGAUUGGUUUGCACAUCAGCAAAUAUAUCCCAUUCUUCAAUAAGCAUAUUUAAGUUGAAAUCUUAAAUGCCGACCAAGGAUGAUAAGACUUGACUUUCACUUUUACUUAGAACCCCAAAGCACCUACCAUCAAAAUCUCUUGAUUGCAAUUCUUUCUUUUCCAGUUUUUGAUGUUUCACGUACUCAUUUACAAUCAGCAAAUUUUGCAAGUACUUGCACUACCAAUUAUGUAUAAUUGACCACGAUACAAUUAAGCAAAUAUAAUUUAUUUUUAUCACAAAAAAUACAUUUUGAUAGUUAUUUUAUCAUGUGUUUUAGGUUGUACAUGCUCUCCUCAGUUCACCUUCAGAAGCUAACAAUCAGUCCUUGCUUAUUUGUCAGCCAUAAUGUACUGCAGAUAAUCGACAGUUGACUUCAAGUGCAUUUGGGCACCUGCAAUUCAAGCUUUCCAAAGAAUUGCACAAAUACCCUGUCAUUUUCCCACUAUUAUGAAGCAAUUAUAAGCUGCUUCUCCCAUUUGUUGAAUGUAGAGACAAACAAAAAAGACUGCAUUGCACUGGAACUGAGUGGUUGUCUCUUGCUUGUCUUACACAAUCAGGAAAAAUAUGUUGCCGAAGAAGGAGUCUGAUUUUAGUUAUGUUUUUCACUUGCGUACACUCUCUCUCUCUCUCUCUCACCCUCUCUCUCACUCACUCACUCACUCUCUCUCUCUCUCUCUCUCUCUCUCUCUCUCUGUCUGUCUGUCUCUCUCUCUCUCUCUCUCUCUCACUCACACACACACACACACACACACACACACACACACACACUUGUAUAUUGUAAGUAGAAAAAAUAUUUUAAGAUAUAGUGCAGGGAUGGGGUUGAGAUGUGUCAUCUAUUCAAAUGGCUUUAUAGCACACUCACAUAUGAACUCUUUAUAAAGGGUUUAUGAGAACAUGCCCAGCUCCUUUAACUGGGUAACGUUAUGAGAUUUUAGAACUACCAAGCAUGUGAAUUGUGCUGAAAUUUCCAGACUUCUUUAGUUUGUGAGAAUUUCCCCCACCCUUUCAAUGAUACAGGAUUUCAUGGGAACUUACUUGGCACUGGUACGCAAUUAAUAAACGUCAUGGUUUAAAGAUCCCAUUGUAUAUGAAUAUUAGCUCAAUUAUGCUUACUGGGCUUUCUAGGGAGAAACAUUCAUUCCAUGCAGUAAUCUGUUCUGGAGCUUGCACCCUAUUUUCUGAUUUUAAAGGAAAGUUGACUUUUUUGUAAUCAGUAAUGAAGUGGUCAAAUUACUUUUUAUUGGAUGCUUGCAAAUAGUACAUUACUACACAGUGUCGUUUUUGUGCACUUUCUGCCUAUGUCUGUUAUGCUACAUUGAGUCAGUAUCUUCCCACAAAAGGAAUAGCAUUUGGUGAUUGUGCCUUGAAUAUAUUUUUUUUCUAUUUUCUUGUUAAUGGUUAGGGCUGGGACAAAGAUUAUUACACUCCAGAGGUUUUCUAUCUUUUGACAUAACCUACUUGUAUGUAAAUAACAAGCAAAACUGUGUUUUUAAACAUGAGAGCACAGAAAUCACUUUUGAAAGUGAUGAGAUACCAUGCACUGCAUGCAGUGAAUGUAUACAUGAUUGCAGAUCAAUUUUCUUCCAAACUGCCAAAUGUAAACAGUACAUUCUGAAGCAGAAUAUUUCUUUAAGACAUUUCAGAAUUUUGUCCCAGUUCUGAUUUCCCCUUGGCAAUGUAAGGGUGAUGUUUUAUUUGAUGGCAAACUUCUCACUGAAGUGAACUUGAUUUCUUUUGCUGUUCAUUUUUCUGAAGUAAUGUGAUAGUUUUUAUUUCUUGGUUUACCAUUUUUAUUUGAUUGGAUUUUUAAAACAGUUAGUUGUUUUUAUAUAAGCAUCACCCUCUUACCCGUUAUUUUUGUAUGAACUGUUUAGAAAUCAUUUUUGCAAUUCGUCACUUACAAAUAAUACAGAUAAUGCAGAUUGGAGGAGCAUCAUACUCGUCAAGAUACCAUUGCAUUCUAUCCAGUCAAGUUGGAAACUGUUGCUAUGAUAUGUACUCGUGCAUCAUUCUGGCUUUUGUUUAAGUAUUUGCCUCUGUUAACAUUUUUUUUUUCAAUAGCCAGUGAACCAAGAAAUAAUUGUUAUUUUCUGUACAAGUUUAAUGUGACCUUGUUUUCAUUCUUACUGGUCCUUAACAGUAAUGAACCCACAAACUGAAUUAAGGUGUCUCUUUCCCUUUUGUAAUUCUUUGUCAAACAUGAUGUAAAUAAAUAAUGGAUUCUUAUGAGUGGAUUUUGAGGCCAUAUCCUAUUUAAGGGAUUCUGAUAAGAAUUAAAUCUGAACUGUUCAUGAAUGUCAUCAGAACCCCUAGAUUAGGUUAACAUUUGAAAUCACUCACUGAUAUGUUUGUCCUAUAAUGUAUACUGUGUUUGGAAUUUAACUUGCGUUAUUGCUGUUUUGUGAAAAUAUGUGGGAUUCUUAAGGUCUUAAGAGCAUUUUGGAACAUUGGUGUGUAACCAAAAUGGUACUUAUUUUGAGAAAUAUUUAUUCCCUUGAGACACAUUAUUGUGGGUUUAUCAAAAAUAAGUUGCAGUGGGAUACAGGGAAACUCCAUACACCGUAUAUAUUAUAUAUAUUUCCUUUAUACUGUUCAUAUCUGCAGAACAGCAUUUUGCCAUUUCCCUUAGGAUCCUUAUUCCGAUCCUAUUUUUAAAAUAAAACUGAAUUCGAGAAAAGUAUUUCAUGAGAAUUUGAUCUUUGUCUUUAUUAAGUUUGAACAUUCAUGAUUUAUUUGUACAUGAACAUGCAACUGAGCUAUCUAAACUGUGUCCUCCUCUUUUGUCCUUGGUGGGGCAAAAAAGAGUAAAUCUUUUAAGUUUAUUAACAUUGUUGGUUUAUAUAUUUUGCUCACUUCAAUUUGAAUAAAAAAGAGGAAACUAUAUGUAAAUAUUCCACAAAACAUUUUCAUGGAAAAUGUAAAGUGUUGAUUUUGCUUAUGCUGAAUUCCUGUCCUUUUACAAUUAUGGUAUUAUUUAGAAACCUGUUCUAAAAUUUAGCUCCUGGGCUAAGGAGCUGCAAUCAUCUGUCAAAAGACAUGCAAGAUUUAAUACUGGUUAACAGUCAGUAAUUGCAACUUAAACCUUUCCUUUCUUCCUCCCCCGCCACCAUCCACUUGAAUUUAAUGGAGAUUCCAAAACCUUCUCCGUAUAAAGUAUGAGACAUAAAGACCGUAAAUUAAUAUUUUGUGAAAAAAACAUAAAUAUGAGUUAAGUUUUAGCUAUAAUCCUAUUUUAAAUGUUAUAUUUCACACACUUGAAUUUUGUGGAUUAAUUUAUUAGUUUGGCUUAAGAAUUCAGUUUUGUUUUUAAAACAGAUCACAGAUCAGCUAUGAUCCCAUUGAAUGGUGGACCAGGUUCGAGGGGUUGAAUGACAUUCCCGUGCUCCUAUGUUCCUAUUUGCCAACAUAUUAUUUUUGAUACUAUUACCUCGGAUAACAAAUAAAAAUAAUUUCUCCUCAGCA